UUCUAGUCCCGACUCCUGAGUUUGAGUGAUUCUCUAUUUCAAGUUUUAUCAUUUCAAAAUCCUAAAACUACAAAUAAAAUAGUAGAAAUUCCAAGUCUUCAUGGUCCAUACUUCAUACCAAACCAGAAACCAAAGAAAAGAAACUUCAUGGAAUUUCAGCCCAGUCCCACCUACUCUUUGAGGAUUGAAGAAUAUACGUGGAACACCAAUUAAAUAUACGUAUUUUUAGGCAAUCUUCGUUGGUAGAAUAUGGUAUUUUAGUUGUUAAACCAACCCGAUCUUUUUCUUUCUAUCUCUCUGCUGUAUUCCGUUUUUACUUUUUACCAUUACUCCUUCUUGAUAGAAAAAAAACCUCUUCAAUCAAAUUCCCAGUGUUUUGCACUCUCCAUCUAUUCAGAUUUCUCUUUUUCUUUUUCUUUUUUUCACUGCUUUCCUAAAUCAGCUUCUUCUGUUCUGAUCUCUGCGGUGCCGUGGAUGUUCAGAAUUCCAAAUCUUGAAAGCUGCAGUCCUCGGAAAAAUGAAGUGCUUUUACUACUUCAAGGACAAAUCGAGAAGCAGGCAACAAAGAUCAGCACCGGAAUUGAAAGAGAAAUCAAGAGAUGACUAUUCAGAAGCAGAUAGAAUCACCAAAUCCUCAUGUUCAGAAACUUCACCGCGUGGUAUACCUGAAUUGUACAAGGAGAAGGCUCAUAACCUGCGAGUCUUCUCAUUCUCAGAGCUCAGAAAUGCCACCAGUGAUUUUAGCAGACUCCUAAAAAUUGGGGAAGGUGGAUUCGGGAGUGUGUACAAAGGUUCAAUCAAGCCUGUAGGUGGCAAGGGUGAGCCUACUGUGGUUGCAAUUAAGAAGCUUAACAGAGAUGGCUUACAGGGCCAUAAACAAUGGGUAGCAGAGGUUCAAUUUCUUGGAGUAGUGGAGCACCCAAAUCUUGUAAAACUCAUAGGAUAUUGUGGUGUGGACGGAGAACGAGGAAUACAGCGAUUGCUUGUAUAUGAAUUUAUGCAAAACAAAAGCUUAGAAGAGCAUCUUUUCGAUAGAGCAUACCCUGCACUUGCUUGGAAAACAAGAUUACAAAUACUGCUUGGAGCAGCUCAAGGAUUGGCUUAUCUACAUGAGGGAUUGGAAGUUCAGGUUAUAUAUCGGGAUUUUAAGUCCUCCAACGUUUUAUUGGAUGAGAAUUUUAAACCAAAGCUUUCAGACUUUGGGCUUGCUAGGGAGGGCCCAGUGGCUGGACGAACGCAUGUUUCAACAGCAGUAGUGGGGACGUAUGGAUAUGCUGCUCCGGAUUACAUUGAGACAGGACAUCUGACGACUAAAAGUGACGUGUGGAGCUUUGGAGUUGUGCUUUACGAGAUUCUUACAGGCAGACGAUCGCUGGAAAGGAAUCGCCCAAGGGUGGAGCAGAAAUUACUGGAAUGGGUAAAGCACUACACCCCUGAGAGUAAAAAGUUUGGGUUGAUAAUUGACCCAAGACUUGAAAACCAAUAUUCCAUAAGUGCAGCUCGAAAAAUUGCAAAGUUAGCAGAUAGUUGUUUGUUGAAGAGUGCAAAGGAUCGACCAAGGAUGAGUGAGGUGGUAGAAUCUUUGAAGCAGAUAAUCCAGGAUUCAGAUGAAGGAGACAGUCCAAAGAAAAGUUUUGAAUCCUGUGAAACUGACUCAGCUGACUCAAGUAAGAAGCCGAAUCAACCGGAGGCCACCGAGUCUUGGAAAAGGAGGAUGGUUCACCUUGCAAAACUUGGUGAGAAUGUGGAGGGUGCAGCAAGUAGAAGAAGAUUUAUGAUCAUGCAGAGAGCCAAAGUACCUUAAAAAAAUUUUGCCAUUUAUAAAUGGGUUAGCAACUUAGAGGGUAUGUUCUAAUGGAUUGAUUCGAUUGGAGCUAACAGGUACGAGAUGUAGAGUCGCCUAGUAACUAAACCUGCAGUAUAGUGAAUACUGAGUACUGCGUUUGCUGCUCUUUUAUUUCUUUUGCAUUGCCCCUGUAGCAGUUGUACAUAAGUGAAACAAGAAAUCAAAUGGAAGAAAAUUUACCAAUCAAAA